AUGCCGAAAAGACAAUCAUACGCACCUGCUCGAUUCUGGAGAAUGCCAUUUUAUCCAUCGCACUUGCUGAAGCUCACUCGCAUACGGGCGACAGUAACGAGCAAUUGCAGAUACCUGAACAAAGCUCGUGCGCAAUGUCGUCAGGCAGGAGCGGUUUUAUUCGAGAAGUUUCGCGGCGAUAUGGACGAGCGUGAUGAUAUUGCCACAGAAUUUGCUGCCAUCGAUGAUCGCUAUGGUGGCCAUUUUGACUGGAAACUUGUCUAA